AUGUCCAAAGCCACACACAUCAUCCGCUUCAUUGCGAACGAGGACCACCGAAUCCAUCUAGGCCAACUAGUCGACACGAGCAGAGAUGUCGGCCUCGAUAGUCUCGAGGGCAAAAAAAUCGAAGCGUAUCUGAUCAAUGGCACGAUAUUCGCCCCCGAAGUCACGAAGCACAUCUAUACGGUUAAGCAAUUGCUCUCGCCCGUCUCGAUGGAGGAUUGUAACUAUAUUCGCUGUCUGGGGUUGAAUUAUAUGGAUCACGCGAAGGAAGCAAAUAUGGCCCUCCCUAAAGCUCCGAUCCUCUUCACCAAACCUCGCUCCGCUCUCGCCGACCCCUAUCCUAGCGCGAUCCCCGUUCCCAAAGCCGCUCAGGACGGCACCAGUGACUACGAAGCAGAACUGUGCGUGGUAAUGGGCAAGACGGGCCGAGACAUUCCCGAAGACAAAGCCUUGGAUUAUGUGCUGGGGUAUACAUGCAGCAAUGACGUGUCUGCGCGGACAAUGCAGAUGUUGACCACGCAAUGGUCUUUCUCCAAGGGUUUGGAUGGGAGUUGCCCUCUUGGUCCGGUAUUGGUAACCAAAGACGCUAUCCCCGAUCCUCAGAAUCUGAAAAUCAAGGCCAUCUACGACGGCCAGACCGUUCAGGACGGUAAUACCAAGGACAUGAUCUUUUCCAUCGCCAAACAAAUCGCGUAUUUGUCACAAGGCACAACCAUUGAGGCCGGCACGAUUUUCCUCACCGGCACUCCCGCCGGUAUCGGGUUCUUCCGAAAUCCGCGUGUCGUGCUGGAAGAUGGUGGUGAUAUUCGUAUUGAGAUUGAGAAGAUUGGCACGUUGGUGAAUAAGGUUAGGUAUGAAGAAUGGUGA